GUCCGUACACUUGAGCAUCUCAAAGUCAGUUUUGUGAAAUUUGCCAAACUGCAAGGACUGUACUGCAUUCAACUUCAACAGCAAUGAAUUCUUACCAGGAGUCUCAAUCAGAUUUGGAGGUGAUCCUAGAGUUCCUAGAGGAGUACUACAGACAACAUGCUGCAGAAAAAGGUGCGCCUGUUGAUGAAAGAUUUUCCACUCUGGAAGCGGAACCGUGCGAGCAGCGCUGGAUGUGUUAUGAGCCACCUAUCAUCAAACAUGAACCUCUGCUGGCACACGUCGCUCCACACGCUCUCAGCCACAACACAACAGCAACAUUGUUUGAGCGUGGGUCACUGCCAAACUUUGUAUCAACAACACAAGCAACCAAACACACAGCGGGGAGUGGUGGAAAGGUGCGCCUCUUUCACUUUCUGUUUGAGAUGUUGGAGGAUCCGAACAUGGCCCACUGCGUGUGCUGGGUGCCAGCAUCGGCCGGCAUUUUCCGCUUCUCCUCCACCAACAAGGACCAGGUGGCAGCACUGUGGGGACAGAGGAAGGGCAACAAGAGGCCCAUGACCUACCAGAAGAUGUCCCGCGCCCUGAGGAACUACGCCCGGUCCGGAGAGAUCUUCAAGGUGAAGAAGAAGCUCACCUACCAAUUCAGCCAAGAGACACUGAUGUUACUGCGGAAGUGUUAACGUGGUGAUCUGUAGGGUGGACUAGAUUUUGUGUAGCUCAUUUUCACGUCAUCUAUAAAC